AUGAAGACUCUCACCCUCCUUGCUGCCAUUCUCCUGCUGGCCCUCCAGGCCCAGGCUGAACCACUCAGACAAGCAGAUGAUGAGAUUCCAGCCCAGGAUGAACCUGGGGCAGAGGACCAGGAUGUGGCAGUCUCCUUUGUAGGAGACAAACGCUCAGCCCAAGGAGAUUCAGGCCCAGUUAUGAACACUACCUGCUACUGUAGAAGACUCUGUCGUUCUGGAGAACGUCGCUCUGGAGCCUGCAACUUCAUUCUUAUUCGCUACGCACUUUGUUGCAGCGCAGCUUCAAAAACAGAGACAAAAAAUUCAUAA